UAUUUAUUUUAAUAUACAACUUUUUCAUUCCAAUUUUGAUUAAUUCCAAAAACCUAACUUUUUUUUCUACUACUUCCAUUAAUAAAAUCGUUUCUAAUCGCAAUAAGAUGAAGCUCCACAGCCUUUGAUUGAAACAAAGCGAAAUAAUAUGAAAGUUUUUCGUUUCAAUGCUAGGGUUAACAAGACUUUUGCACGCGAGUUAAUUAGGAUAUCGUCUAGAUCGUUUAUUUUUGUUGGAAAUCCAGGACAUCUGAACUAUCGCAAUUGAAAAACAGUGUUUUCAAUCACCAUAUCGAGGGUAACGAGAAUUAAAAUAAUUAUCUUGUGCUUUCCUCAUUUAUAUUUAUAUAUCCAUGGAUUUAACUAUGGAAAUAGAAAGAUUUCUUCAUGAUUUUAUUUCUGUCUUUACAAUUAGACAAUUAUUAUAACGAGGAUUCGAUUUGUGUAUUUUAAUGUGUUUUAUUAUAACUCAACUAUAGAAAAACCUUGGAAAAGUUUUGUAUCAAUCUUUUGCAAAUGAUAGCAUACUUGUAAUGUGUUUAGUAUAUUUAUUUUUAACACAUAUAUGAGAUAGAAUAUUCAAAUUCUAGUUGAACUUGUUCUAUUAAAGAUUUCAUCAAUCGAUGUAUCGAGCUGUUCUAUAAAUCAAGCAUCCUGUAACUAUAAAUUUGAUCAUAACUUAGCAUAACGUAAAAUAUAGAUGCAUUAUGAAUACAAUAUGAAUAUCUUUUUCAUAUGAUUGCAAUCUAUGAAUAAUUAUGAUUGUAAUCAUUAUUAAUACACUACAUUGUGUACUUAUUAUUGUGUACAUUAUUAUUCUGUGUCACGUGUUAUCUCAUAAUUUCAGUAUCGUAUGAAUAUUACAUUAAAAAGUAAUUAGAAUUAUUGUUUAUUUAAUAUUAAUCUUUUGCAUCGUGAAUUCAUAUUUCUUUUGAUAUUAAUAAAACGAAUCAAAAUUAAAGUUAUAUUAGAACAAACUGAGGGAACAAUUAUAGGGCAAGUGAUUGAAAUCAAUAAUUUCCAAUUAAUAUUUUGUAAUAUUUUUAUAAAAAUACCAAGAUAACACGAAUUUAUAAUUUUUAUACGUGACUUUAUACGUGAUGUAAAAAUUAUUAAACGGAAUAAAUAGAUGAGACUCGCGUGGAUAAUUCAUACAUGUUCGAGUUUUUUAUUUAUAUGCUGAUUGAACAGAAAUACUUGGAAUUCGCAACAACGUGGAAACUUUUAGUUUCGCAGCCGCAAGUUCAAACGAGUUCGUUUCGAAUGUUUUGUGCAAUCGUGGAUCGAAGCGAAAUUCGAGAGCUAUUCCAAUUACGAAAUAUCGAACACGGAAAUCACGGAAUCUCUUCCUGUUUUCGUAAGAAGGAAAACAAAUUUUUAAGGUUAUUAUACUUUUUUAAACGCGAUAACACGAGUUUGGAUUGGAAAAUGAAAGUUCGAAGGAUUUAUCGCGAGCAAGCUUAUCUUGAUCGAAUUUAAAUAUUCGAAUUAAAGAUUGAAAUUGAAUUCAACAUAAAAUCAAAUUAAUCUCCCUCUUGUCGGCAAGAUAUGUAAUUGCUUAGUAUAAUUCAAUAUCUUUUGAUGAUUUUUAAAAAAAAUUGUUUUUCGUAGAAAAUGUUUAUCAAGCCUUUUAACAAUAUUCAUAAAUAUUAUUGGAAAAGAAGAUGAAGAAUUUUUUUUUUUUUUUUUUUUUUUAGAUCAAAUGCAUUGUGCAAAUCUCUUUGAUAAUUACCUCUCCAUAUUUUACGUGCCGAUAUUAAAAACUUCCUUGAGUUCUAUCAAAUUACACAUUAUCAAUCAUAUAUUCUUUUAAUAUCUUUACGACAAACUUAUCUUAAUAAAUAUUACUUACCUGUGCUUAAAAUUCCAUGACUUAUGAACAAGAAUGUACAUAAACAUCUUUUAUAAUUAUUUUCCGAUAUUUCCAUUUAAUAAUACGCAAAAAGAAAAAAAAAAAAAGAAAAAAAAUAUCGUUAAGGAAUAUCUCACGAAAUUACGUAACAAUGACAAAACAAGCUUAGAAUUACAAAAACAAAGGAUACAGCCGCGGUUAAUUCCUUUAGUUUCACGCAAGCCACUUCGGUCGCCGUUUAUCUAGCGAAAAUUGCGUAAUUAACGUUCCAUGAUACGCUCCAUCCAUCCUGCACGAUCUUCCUCGAGCAAAAUGUCGGCCAAAUUCGAGAAAACGUGAAUCCGUUUCCAAGAACGAGAUGAAUAAUUUUUCCUGAAAUCCAUUAUUUGGAGCUUGAAUCAUCGUUCGAUCGAUAUUUUUGAAACGCGGGCAAAUUUAAAGAUCCGAUUAUAUCAUCUGUAUUUAUCGAGACGAAAUUUUUUUAAAUUAAACUGUGAAUUUUGAACGUUACGUAAUUACAAUGGAAGGAAUAUAAAUAUUUUUGACUUGGUUGGAAUUGAGAUAAAAUCGAAUCGUUGGAGAACGACUUCUAUGGUGGAAAAGAAAGAGCAGUAAAGUUUUCACAGCAACUCGACCAAGUAUUCCUUCUAGGAAUACUCUGUCAAAGGGUUAAAGCUUCGUUUAAAAAAAACGAACCGACAUAAGAACGCAAUAAACUUGUCCACAAUUUUCCACCACGGUUUUCCACGAGUCUGAAACACGUAGUCUACCCAUCGUAGGGAUCGUAAAUUGCCGACAGAACAAAAACAAGGCAUGUCAAGUUCCAUCUGAUGUAGGAUCGCGAACAUACUAAUUAUCGUGGCUAGACCGCGAAUUAGGGGCGUAAGACUAAACGGAGAGGAUCGUCGUUGCGACGACAUACGCCGUCGAGACGUGUUAUCGUCGGCCUCGAUCUCUCUUCUUCAUCUCUUCCUCUCCUCGUGUCCACAGGAAGACGCAACAAGAUUUUUACCGUGUAGUAUCUUUUUGCGCGUACAAAGUAAGAAUUUUCCAUUCCAUCAAGAAUAAAUUCGGAUAUUCUGAUAACCCGAACUGUUAUGUUUCAUUUCAUAUAAUUACUUGUUGAUCGAGAACGUAAUUAUAAUCACAUUUAUUAAAUUGCACCAAUCCUUGAUUGGUUCGAAAAAUACAUAAAUGCUCAUCAUUGUGCAAAAAUAUCUUGGAAACAAAAAAUAAUCAAUGCUUAGUGAAACCGGCCACGAAUGAUUGCAUGCGACUUUGAAUUAUGAGAUUGAAAUUAACCUAUCGUUGGCAGUUUUACAGUUCUAACCUGUAAAAUAAAUAGAUCAACGGAUAAAUCUAUCACGCAAACUCACUGUGAAAGAAAAUGGCGAGGAGGAAAGAGGCUGUGCUCCAAGUCGAGAUAGAGAGCGAGGACGAUUGGAAACAAUUGUUGGAGAAGAAGGGUUUGAUACUCAUCGACGUUUUCUCGUCGUGGUGUGGCCCGUGCGUCGCUAUGGUGAGCAUGCUUCGAAGCGUGAAAAUGGAAGUCGGUGAUGCGAUCAACUACGCGAUCGUGAAGAACGACUACAUCAGCGAUCUCGAACGAUUCCGGGAAAGGAGCGAGCCGGUCUGGAUGUUCCUCGAAAAUGGUCAAAUGGUCAACAUGAUGUUCGGCGCCAACUGUCCCCAGCUUCGAAAACUGAUAAUGGCCGAGAUCAAACGCGUCCAGUACAAGGAAGAGCCGGAAAUGCAGCAACCGGUCAGCACUAGGACCGCGGAGGAAGAGAUUGCGUGGCAGGAGAAGGAGGCCGUCAGGAAAGCGAUCGAGGAGCGCGAACGUGCCAAGGAGGAGGCCGAGCGGCUUGAGAAGUACGAGGCGUUCUUGGCUCAGAUGAUAUUCGAGCUGAGCGAGUUCACCGCCCUGGUUUUCUAUCCGUGGGUGUUCAAAGACGAGCAGGGACGGCACAGGGACAAGUAUCAGUGCCCCCCGUAUCUUGAACUGGUCAAUACGCUGUUCAAGCAGAACUACGACGUGCUGGAGGAGAUGCGGAUACAGUUGACCGAGGAAAUAAUCGAGAAGAUGUUCGUCGAGAGUAACGAGGAGAUUACCAAGGCUAUCGUAGUAGGAUUGACCGAUGGUAGAACGAUAGCGAUGAGACUGAAAGGUAGACGGCCCCAUCCCGAUUGGCCCGUGCCCUUUCCCUUCGAGUGCCCCAAGGGGGUUAAAAGGUGCCCCACGCGGGAGAUCAACGAUGUAGAGAAUUAUCUGAUACAUUUGUUAACCAGCAAAGAGCCACUGCUUCAGGGUAAUGUUGUCCCUUUCAAUACAAAUGAUUCUUACAUGGAGAGGCACGUGUACGUUCACGAGCCUGAUCCAGAGGACGAGGAGGAUUUUCCUCGCAGCCAUCCCGCUGUUUGGGUGCCCCCUCAGGCCAGAAGCAAAGUGCACGUGUACACAAGCCUCUUCGCCAGUUAUAUGGAAUUGGUACAUCCUUACGAGGAACCUGUACCCCCUCCUCCAUUCUGCGCCUUCAAAUUCUAUUAUGCAAAGUUCCCUAUUCUCAGCGAGACCUGCGCCCUUUUCCCGGACGCUGUCGAAUAUUUUGGUGCAUUCGAAUUCGAUGCCCCACCAAUCGCGAGGCGGAUAGCAUCGUCCCCCGAAGACUUCGAGAGAAAGGCGAAGUAUCAAACUGGGAACGAGAUAUUCGUGAUAAUUCUCCGAAGAGUGAGCGAAGAUGCUUUCCUGUCAUUUGCCAGCAUUGAGCCGUACUUCGUCACGGAGGAUCAUGAAAAGGCAGAAGCGAUGAUAGACGAAUACUUCCCCGAGGGUGCUGAAGACGCGAUCCUCGAGUUAUACUUGGAAGACGAGAUGGAAGAGGAAGAAGAAUAUUAUGAAGAAGAAGAAGAUAUAGAUCAUGAUAUAGAGAUCCGAAAAGAAGAAGAAGAAGUAUUUGCUACCUACGAGUUUAUGUGAAUUUGGUAUUUUUUUCAUCUUUAUAUUUCCUUUCUGUUGGUUUUACAUAUAAUGCCAGUUCUAGUCUAAGAAUUUUAUAAAUAUUGAAAUAACUUGAUCGUAAUAGUAUAUUCAACUAUCUGCAUAUUUUAAAUAACAUUGUGUCUAAUACUAUUUUCUUUUAAUUUUGACGUAUUAAUAGACAUAAACAAAAAAAUUAACAAAAACAUUUACCAAGUUUUUUUCUCUAGCAAUGGUCUUUGAUCCCGAAAUUUUAGCUUGGUCAGUAAGCUCGGUCAAAAACGCCUACUAACGCAAAUAAUUAAAAAUUUAACAAUACCUGACAAAAAUAUAUCGCAUACCGAUCAAAUAUUUCGAAACUGUACGUAAAGAAAUUAACCAGACAAAGCAAACUUGUAUUUUGCAAUUAAUAAUCCUCGUUAAAAAGUACUCAAAUUUGCUAAUAAAAAAAUUAAAAAAAAAAUUUUUCUCGCAUAUUUCUCGAUUUCUCAUCACGUAGAAAAUCAUGAACAGAUGUUUAAAAGUUUAUCGAAAAAGUUUUGUCGUGCCUCGAAUAAUUCAUAGGCUCGCUUUUUUUUUUCCGCCGACCAAGAAUUUCAUUCUUCGCGCGUUUUGGCAAAGCCGGGAUUAUACUUGAAUAUUCGCUGUCGUUGGCAACGUGUUUGCGUAACUUUGGCAAAAUUCCAGCCGAUACCACGGCCUCUGGAGGUUAUAUUACGCACCUGUCUCGCUGGUAAUUUUUUAAUCAUGACCCGUCAUGGUUGCCAACAUACCGUCAAAAUCAGCCAUAUUCACCUCGGUUAUGUUACAUUGUUACACGUCGCUUUUAAUCCGUGGUUAUAAAUUGAACAGGAUAAUUGGGAGAAGAUUUCAACCGACUGUAGAAUUUAUUCAGCAGAUUAACAGCAUAAUCUUUAAUAAAUAAUUUAAAGAAAAAUUGAUGCAUCUAGAGACGAAAUCCUUUAUUUAAAGGAUAAUAUUUUCACGGAUCUUCUAGCAUUAAUAAUCGAUUAUCUCAUGAUACAAAACACAACGAAUGAUAUGAGCGGCAGCUACAAAAUAGCACGAGAUUAGCGGAAAAUCAGCCGCUACCAGAGUGAAUAAAUUGAAUCGCGCUGAUCGAAUUAACGAGACAAUUUGUCACGCGACCGAUGCAAGAAAUUCACGCGUGAACAACACGCUCUCUCUUGUUCCUUCUAUCCUCGCUAAAUUUUGCCAAGCGAGCCGAACAAUUGAACCAUUAACCGAGGAGACAUUAGUCAUUCAGCUACUCAAUCUUCCAACUAAAUCGGCCAUUUUCAUCCAUAUUUUAGGGCGCGAUGCAUCUCGGAGGAGCUUAAAAGGAACGAGAUGAUUUUUUGAAUCGUAUCAUUUAAAUCUUGGAAGUAAUAAAUCAAUAAUUAUUAAAAAAAUAAAAAAGAACUCGAUUUUGAGCGCACAUGACGACCAUAUAAUAAAAUUAUUCGAUGAUCCAUGUCAAUAUAGCUCAUAAAUUUAUCCAAACUCUCAAGAUGGAUCAAAAUCUGGCACGGAACGUUUCCUUUUUUUUUUUUUUUUUCAUUUUCAUGCCUUGAUACGCACGGUAGCGCCUAAAGCGGUCAAUUGCUGAAACAUCGGUAAUUAUUGCACAAGAAUUACAUAACUAAACAACCUGAUCAUGACGAUAUGGAGGAGAGAAGGGAAGUGGAGAAAAAAAAA